AUGACUGACUCCACAGAAGUCGCUGAGGCCGCUGCGACCAAGCGGCCUCACUCCGCUGUCGAGGCCGAGAACAGUGAUGAUUCAUCCGAUGACGAUUUUGGACCUGCACUUCCCUCAGAAGUUGCGCCUAAGAAGAAGCGCCGCAAGCUCCCUUUUGAGAAGGUCUACAUCAAUGCGCUCCCAGUCUCCGCACGCUACUCGAAGUCGCUUAUGCACAAGGAACAAUUAUCCUAUGUGACAGUCGCACCCUACACAGAUUUUGUGAUCACUAGCUCUGUCGAUGGAUUCGUGAAGUUCUGGAAGAAGAUGGCAGAAGGCAUUGAGUUCGUGAAGGAGUUCCUGGCUCACAAGGGCGAGAUUCGGGGCGUAACCGUUAGCGCCGACGGCCGCAGUUUCGCGACAGCAGGAAUUGACAAGACCGUUAAGAUCUUCGAUGUCAUUACAUUUGUAGAUCUUUUGGCGAUGUAUACGCUAGACUUUGUGCCUCGAUGUGUAUGCUGGGUGCAUCCGCGCGGCGCAUCCCUGCCUCUGCUCGCGGUCACGGAUGAGUCAAGUAGCAUUAUCCAAAUAUUUGAUGGACGAGGCGAAAACCCCCAACCAUUGCACACAUUGAAGUCCAUCCACCGCAGUCCUGUGGUGUCGCUCGCCUUCAACAAUGCCUUCAACUGUGUUGUUUCAGCGGACGAAUCAGGUAUGAUCGAAUAUUGGAGAGCUGGAGAUGGAUCUUUCGAGAAACCCGACAAUGUCUUCGAUCUCAAAUCCUCAACAAACCUCUUCGCAUUCAAGAAAGCCAAAUCGGUGCCAACAGCUAUCACAAUCUCCCCGUCCGGCGAGCACUUCGCCACAGUUUCAUUCCCAGACCGACAAAUCCGAGUAUUCGACUUCGCAACAGGCAAGCUUUACCGCACAUAUGACGAAUCAAUAACCACCAUCACUGAAAUGCAGCAAGCCGGAACGGCACCGUACGCGCUCGACGAAGUAGAGUUCGGUCGCCGCUUAGGCGUCGAGCGUGAACUCGAAGGGGAAGCCACCCGCAGCAAAGUAAAUGUCACAUUCGAUGAAUCAGGCCACUUCCUCCUUUACGGCUCCCUCUACGGCGUGAAAUGCAUCAACACCUACACAAACCGGGUUGUCCGGGUUUACGGCCGCGAUGAGCCUUUCCGAGCUCUUAAUCUCGCGCUCUACCAAGGGCAACCGCAACGCAAAGGCGUUGUGACAGUCUCAAUGGCCGCCAGUAGUAAUCCUCUCCUCCAGGAAGCCGAGGAACGUGACUCCAUUCUGCUUAGCACAGGCUUCGCCAAGGUGCGCUUUUACAUGUUCACCAACACCACGGAUAUCUCGAAAUCCACCCGUGACAUCCAAAACGAAAAACCAACUCAGGCCUCCACCGCAGUGGCAACUACCAAAGCUGCCGAGACUGGUACCGCCGCAAUCCUACACACAACAUACGGUGAUAUCCACCUGCGCCUAUACCCCUCUGCCGCCCCACGCGCAGUGGAGAACUUCGUCACACACUCCCGUCAGGGCUAUUACAAUAACACUAUAUUCCACCGUGUGAUCCGCAAAUUCAUGAUCCAGGGCGGUGACCCGCAAGGUGACGGCACUGGCGGCGAGUCGAUCUGGGGUGGUGAGUUUGCGGACGAGUUCUCCGUUCUCAAACACGACAAGCCGUACACGCUUUCCAUGGCCAACGCUGGACCAAAUACCAAUGGCAGUCAGUUCUUUAUCACCACGGAGAAGACGCCAUGGCUGGAUAAUAAGCAUACUGUCUUUGGCCGUGCGGUCCAGGGAUUGGAUGUUGUGCAUAAGAUUGAGAAUGCCCGGACACAUAAGGAAAAGCCGGAAGUCGAUAUUAAGAUUGUCAGUAUUAGUAUCUCUUGA